ACAGCGCACACUUCUUAGAAAACUGGCAUCGUUGGUGAGCGCCUUGCUGGGAAAGUGUGAGCACUGGGCUCUUUAGUCUACCUCUGUGAAAAACACAGGGGCCGAGAUCACGAGGGGGGAUGAUAAACAUCGCGAUCGAGGGCUUUGGCAUUGUGAGGGAGCCUGGACGCUCCCCCCACCCUGUUUAUUACAUCACCGUCUCUCAGCCUGCGCAUGCAGCGUCUUGGACGGUGUACCGGGGGCUGGCGGCUUUUCGCACCCUCUCGGACGGGCUCCGCGAGCUGAUCCCCGGCCUUCGUCCCUGCCCCAACCCACUGCCGGGCUCCGUACAGGGAAUGGCUGGUUUGACCGGCAGCACGGUCGACAAUUUGACGGUGCAAGGCUUGCAUGGGGGUGCACAGCAACUCCAGGCCUGGCUGCAACACGCCCGUUUGUUCCCCGCAGUGGAGGAGACAAGCGUCUACCGCGCGUUCUGUCUCGAUGCGGCCAACGUCCCC